AUGACUACAGAGGUGCAGAAGAAGAAGGGCGCGGAGGCUCUCACCAUGCCUUCAGAAGCCCGAGGCAAACUCAAGCCUCAGGAAACCAUACCUCCGCCGCCCAACCCACAGAACCCGAACAAGGGCCCAGAGAUUCCCAAGUCGCCCGUGGGGCUGCUGAGGAAGAGAGGGCAGGAGGCACUGCCAAAGAUGCAGCCCUCCAUGAUGAUGUUCUCCAGCAAGUACUGGGCGCGCCGUGGACUGUCCCUGGACUCGGCCAUGUUCGACCAGCAGCACCUCGGAAGCAACAUGCUUCGUAGGACAUCCUUUAGUCGAAUAGACGAGAAACCAGAUAAAGAAGGUACCAACUCCAUGCAUGAUUUGGGAAAAACCGCCGUGAUUUUCUCUUUGAAGAAUGAGGUGGGCUGUCUGGUGAAGGCCCUGCGUAUCUUCCAGGAAAAACAUGUGAACUUGGCCCACAUCGAGUCACGCCGAUCAAAGCGAGUCACCACAGAGGUGGAGAUCUAUGCGGAGUGCAGCUGCACUAAGAAGGAGUUCAAUGAACUGGUGCAACACCUAAAGGACAAUGUCAACAUCAUCUCCUAUAACACUCCUCAGCAUGUGUGGUCUGCAGAGACCGAUGGGGAGGGGGUACCCUGGUUCCCCCAGAAGAUCUCAGAGCUGGACCAGUGUUCUCACAGAGUGCUUAUGUACGGCUCGGAGCUAGACGCCGACCAUCCGGGUUUUAAAGACAACGUUUAUCGACAGAGGAGGAAAUACUUUGUGGAAGUUGCAAUGAACUACAAAUUUGGGCAACCCAUCCCACGUGUCGAGUACACACCAGAGGAGGUGAAAACCUGGGGGGUGGUGUUUCGGGAGCUGACUAAAUUGUACCCUACCCACGCCUGCCGCGAGUACCUGAAGAAUCUUCCCUUGCUCACAAAGCAUUGUGGGUAUCGAGAGGACAAUAUCCCUCAGCUAGAGGAUGUGUCUAUCUUCCUAAGGGAGAGGUCAGGGUUCACGGUGCGACCUGUGGCAGGAUACCUGUCCCCACGAGACUUCCUAGCUGGUCUGGCAUAUCGAGUGUUUAACUGCACCCAGUAUGUGCGUCACAGUACUGACCCACUAUACACACCAGAGCCGGAUACGUGUCACGAGCUCCUGGGACAUGUGCCCCUCCUGGCAGACCCCAAGUUCGCUCAGUUCUCGCAGGAGAUUGGCCUGGCCUCUCUGGGAGCUUCAGAUGAAGAUGUACAGAAGCUGGCUACAUGCUAUUUCUUUACCAUCGAGUUUGGCUUGUGUAAACAAGACGGCCAGCUGAGAGUGUACGGAGCAGGACUUCUGUCUUCCAUCGGAGAACUGCGGCACGCCUUAUCGGACAAAGCGUUUGUGAAGCCGUUUGACCCGAGAACAACAUGCUAUCAGGAGUGCCUCAUCACCACUUUCCAAGAUGUUUAUUUUGUCUCUGAGAGUUUUGAAGAGGCCAAAGAAAAGAUGAGGGAAUUUGCCAAAACGAUCAAGAGGCCCUUCUCCGUUUAUUAUAAUCCCUACACUCAGAGCAUUGACCUACUAAAGGACACUAGGAGCAUCGAGAAUGUGGUACACGACCUCCGCAGUGACCUCAACACGGUCUGUGAUGCCUUGGGGAAAAUGAACAAGUACCUUGGUAUCUAGAACCAUUCAGAUAUCUAGAACCAUUCAGAAUUAGUCUAACCACACAUAUACAGCUCCAAUGGAUUUUGACUAAAGCGCUUUCACAUCUGUCGUGAACCGAAAACAUGAAGUAAGCGGGUGGCUCGUGGUGUACGUAACAGUGCCGCCUGCGCACAAGCCCAGUCCCAGUUUGGCGUAAUGGUCUGGCACUCUCUUGCAUUUUCCAGGCUGUUCUCGUUACAGAGACUGCAGGCUGCAUGUCUGCAUCCAUCUGUGAUUGCUGAUAGUGUAGUAUUCCAUAAUCCGUUUGCCUCCAGUUGCUGAAAUAUCCUGACCAUUAUAUCCAACUUCAUUAUGACCUGGAAAACAGGAAGUCUGGAUGGGAUGAAUCCAGAUGGUAAGGCAGACAUACUACUCACUCUGGUCCAGACCGUUCACUGCACAUAUGGGUUCACACACCAUCUACUGAU